AUGAAAGCCCUGAGAAGUAUGUGUGGAGUAAAAUUGAGUGACCGAGUGAAGAAUAGUAUUAUUAGAGAAAGGUGUGGAUUCAAAGAUGAUGUAGUGAUAAGGAUUGAAAAGGGAAUAUUACGCUGGUUUGGACAUGUAGAAAGGAUGGAUGAAAGUAGAGUAACGAAAGAAGUAUACAGAGCGGAUAUAAAUGGGGCCGUCGGUAGAGGGCGCCCUAGACAAACAUAUACUGACCAGAUUGGCGAUAUAUUAAAUAAGGGCCAAAUUAAAAGUACCCUUAACCGACGAGCAUGCUUGACAAGAUUGAUGACUAUUGGUGAAGCGAAAGAGAUGCAAGCCGUCAAGGCAGGUAGCCCGUUGCCGGAGGAAAUGUCGUUGGCGGUGGACAGCAAGCUGAUCGUGGGCAUACCCCGCGUCGCUACCACCACCAAGGACAAUGCUCCUGUCCACAUCGACGUCGGUGGCACCAUCUAUACUUCGUGUCUAGAAACGUUGACUUCAUAUCCGGACUCCAGAUUGAGCAAGAUGUUCAACGGGACGAUUCCAAUAGUCCUGGACACUCUGAAGCAGCAUUACUUCAUCGACCGUGAUGGUGGCAUGUUCCGCCAUAUCCUCAACUUCAUGCGCUACAAAAAGCUGUUGCUGCCAUCUAACUUCCAAUACUUGGACCUGCUGAUCCAUGAGGCGCAGUUCUUCGAGCUGGACACCAUGGUGUAUGCGCUGACGAAGGUGAAGGUAGAAAGGGAAGGCAUAAAGCAGGACAGGGAGUGGCUGAGUGAAGCUACUGAACGUCUGAGGAAGGAAACUGAGAUGUUGAUGCACGAACGUGACCGUCUGCAACAUCGCUGGUCUUAA